CAUGUGACCGUUGGGGUGGGCGGCGCGGCGCCAACGGCCGCGGCCGUGCGGGCGCCUGUGUCUUGGCAGGGCGAUGCCGGGCCGAAAGUCCUCAAAGGAGAAGAAGCGGCGCCGCUCGCGUUCCGCUUGCCCGGAGGGAGCCUCGGGGCCAGCUGGCAGCGAGAGGAAGCGGCGGAGCACGGAGUCCAGCCAUGGUGCGCCGGAGGAAGCAAAAUGCAAGGUACCAUCUGGAGAUAAAGAGGAAGAAACUGAACAACCCAGUGAUAUAGAGGAAGGUGGAUUAGAUCUCAGUGUCUCACUCAAACCAGUCAGUUUCUACAUCACAGACAAAAAAGAGAUGCUUCAACAGUGUUUCUGUGUCAUAGGAGAGAAGAAACUACAGAAGAUGCUGCCUGAUAUUUUAAAGAACUGUUCCAUGGAAGAGAUUAAACGGCUUUGCUUGGAACAGUUGGAGCUGUUAUCUGAAAAAAAACUGUUGAAGAUUCUUGAAGGCAAGAAUGGAGCUGAUUCUGAUACUGAUGAGGAUGCAGAUGGAGACAAGACUGGAGGUGAAUCAGUCAGUCAACAGGAUAACAGUAUAGACUCUACUUCGUCUCUGAGAGAAGACAACAAGCUGGAAGGUCAGGAAUCAAAACAAGGCAAAGGAGAAGAUAGCGAUGUCCUCAGCAUAAAUGCAGAUGCGUAUGAUAGUGACAUAGAAGGCCCAUGCAAUGAAGAGGAGUGUCCAGAAGUGCCAGAAAAUACUGUCAGAAGUGGAGCUGGUCAGAUAGAUGACCUUCAGAAGGACAUUGAGAAAAGUGUAAAUGAGAUACUGGGAUUGGCAGAAUCCAGCCCAAAGGAGCCCAAAGCAACAGCCUUAUCUGUUCCUCCAUCAGAAGAUGUUCAGCCAUCAGCACAGCAGCUGGAGCUCCUGGAACUUGAGAUGAGGGCCAGAGCUAUUAAGGCUUUAAUGAAAGCUGGUGAUGUAAAAAAACAGCCCUAAUGUUGUUUUUAAAUUUUCACUGUUUGUUUUGAGGGGUGUGAUGUCAGUUCUCUUCAGAGCUAAAGUAUAUUUGGACUGAAUAUGACAUUCCUCAUUCAAACACAUAUUGUGUAUCCUGACCUGUGACUUAAACCAUUGAUAGUUGAUUUUGUUGACUUUGUGCUGCUUCUAUGACUUGCACAAACGGAUUGGUUUGACGCUGCACUUAGGUCAGUGUCUCUUUGUUCUGUGUUAUCUCUUCAUAUGAAUCACAAAGUCACAGAUUGUAUAGAAUUAUGCCAGGAGCCUGGUGCCUUUAAGAAAGGUUAACACAAGAACAAAGUUCUUAAUAACCUCCUGGUAAGAAAUUAACCAGCUAUUUUAUUUAAGUGCAACUUGUUAACUAUUUGAGAAGUUUAUUUUAUAUAUGCUUCCUUAAAAAUACAAUUUUGAAGAGGUCUUUUACGGUGUGACUGCCUUUACCAUUCUGUGAUGUGAUGUGAGAUGCUUAUUUCUCCCUGGGGCCCAGCUUAUAGUAAUGUAAAUGUACAAGUUAAAAUAAAUGAUGGUUCACUUUCGACAAGUUAAAAGGAUGAUUUAUUUUUAGAAAUUUAAAUUGCUUAGGAGAAGGUCUUUUAUUCUCUGUUAAGUAAACAAUUGAACUAUAUUAAUGUUAGAGUUGAAAGAGUGCCUGAAAGUGACACAUCCUAUGCUGUUAGUUAAUUAAUUCUGUUGCUGUCCUACACUGUUAUCAUGUGUAUCAUAAUUGAAAUCAAGAAAACAGUCUUUUCCGUGACUGUGAAGCUUUUUUGAAUAUUUACCAUAAUAUUUAGGCCAGUACAACAAAUUAGAGACUGCUGAGAAGACACUGAGUUUUUGAUACUUAACAGAUAGUCAUUUCAUGUCUGCUGUAAAUAGGAAAAUCUGCCAAAUUGCAAUAUAAAUGCUUUUUAGAAAAGACAUUUUAUUUAUUUCUAUUAUAUAGGAUUUUAAAAACACAAAUUUACACUUUCCAUUUCAAUUAUACUUCCUUAUAAGUAACUUGUAUUAUAUAGUUCAUUUUCCUGCUAUGAUUACUUUUAAUAAUUAAAAGGAUUCUGAUUUUGUUGGAA